UACAUGACACAUUGUAGGGAGGUUAUACACUUUUAGAUUGCCUCUCAGUUUUCAAAUACUUUGUCCUUGGUUCCAGGUCAAAGGUCAUGAUGAGCUUUAAUGUAGUUAUAAUAUGGAUGAAGCCCUCUGAGACUGUAAUCAUGACGUGAUUGUCAGGUCACAAGCCAUCCCAAAUGGAUCCGCUGCAUAGCAACGUCUCUGUCCAAAGAUGCAUCAUUCUUUGCUGUUAUGCUGACAACAGUAUUUCUUAUGUGUUGUUUGCAUUGUGUUUUAGGUUCAGCAUGCAGCACGGUGCAAAUCAAGGAAGGCAAUAGUCUGUCAACGCAGCUGCUGAGGCCUUAAAUUUGAGAAGUGAGAUUCCUCAGAAGAUCGAGCCACAGACUACCUGAAGUUUUCUUCCUGGAAUCCAGGAGCAGCAACACUGAGAGCUCUUCACAGCUCCUUCGGGAGGAUUAUGCCAUUAUAGCUGACAACUUGAGCUUCCUCAGACGGCUACAAGGCAAAGUCAGUCCUGCUCCACUUACACCCGGCAGGAACCAUGGAUGACCCCUACCACAACAACGUGAACCAGCAGAUGACAGAGGGUGGAGAAUACACCUACACCCAGGAUGGAGGAGGUCAGGAUGGCUACCCUUACCAGACGGACUACCCUCCACAGGAGGAGGACGCGGCCAGCGAUGCCACCGAGGGCGCAGACGAUGAUGAGCAGAUGUAUGAGGGGGAGUACCAGGGCAUCCCCCACCCCGACGAGAUCAAGGAGGCGCGGCGGGCGGCGCGGCUGGAGGCCAGGAGGAAAGCCCGUCUGGCUGGACAGCAGCAGGAAGAGGAGGAGGAAAACCUUCCGGAGCAGUACGAGACCAUCAUGGAGGAAUGCGGCCACGGACGCUUCCAGUGGAUGCUGUUCUUCGUGCUGGGCCUGGCACUGAUGGCCGAUGGAGUGGAUGGCUUCGUAGUUGGCUUCGUCCUGCCCAGUGCUGAGAAGGACAUGUGCAUAUCCAACUCAGACAAAGGAUUGUUGGGUCUGCUGGUGUAUGUGGCCAUGAUGGUGGGGGCGCUGGUGUGGGGGGGUCUGUGUGACAAGAUGGGGAGGAGGAAGUGUCUGAUCUACGUCCUCACCAUCGACCUGGUCUUCUCCUUCCUGUCCUGCUUCGCCCAGGGCUACGGCUUCUUCCUCUUCUUCAGGUUCUGCUCCGGCUUUGGAAUUGGCGGCUCCAUCCCCAUAGUUUACACCUACUUCACCGAGUUCCUGCAGAUGGAUAAACGUGGGGAACAUCUGAGCUGGCUCUGCAUGUUCUGGAUGCUGGGAGGCCUGUACGCCUCCUUCACUGCCUGGGGGAUCAUCCCUCACUAUGGCUGGGGCUUCAGCAUCGGGACCGAGUUCCAGAUGCACAGCUGGAGAUUAUUUAUUUUCGUGUGUCUCUUCCCUGCUCUGGCUGCGCUGGUCGGAAUCAUCUUCAUGCCGGAGAGUCCUCGUUUCCUGCUUGAGAAUGCCCGUCACGAUGAGGCGUGGAUGAUCCUGCGACAGGUUCAUGACACCAACUGGAAGGCGAAGGGGGAGCCAGAGAGAGUCUUCACUGUGACCAACAUUAAGACUCCACAAACUCAGGAGGACGAGUUCAUAGAGAUCCAGAGCGACACUGGGACGGCCUUCCAGCGCUGGACCGUCCGACACAUGACCAUGCUGCAACAGGUGAUGGCUAACAUAAUGUCACUAUCAGCUCCAGAGCUCAGACUGCAGGGCCUCUUCCUGCUGAUUGUCUGGUUCUGCUUGGCCUUCAGUUACCAUGGACUGGGAGUGUGGUUCCCCGACAUGAUCAAAUACAUGCAGUAUGAAGAGUACGAGUCCAAGGUCCGAGUGUUUCACAGAGAGAAGGUCGAACGUUUCCACUUCAACUUCUCUCUGGUCAACCAGAUCCACCGCGAGGGAGAGUACAUCCAUGACAAGUUUGCAAACAUUGAGAUUAAGUCUGUGAAGUUUGAGGAUUCUCUGUUUGAAAACUGCUACUUUGAGGAUGUCAAGUCAACCAACACCUUCUUCGAGAACUGCACCAUCAAAAACACGGUCUUCUAUAACACAGACCUCUGGCAGGAAAAGUUCAAAGACUGUCGGAUGGAGAACACCACCUUCCUCCACCCAAAGAAAGGCUGUCACCUGAACUUCCAGGAGGAGAACGACAUUGUCAUCUACAUGGUCAGCUUCCUGGGCAGUUUGGCUGUGUUGCCUGGCAACAUCCUCUCAGCAUUGUUCAUGGACAAGAUAGGAAGAAUCAGAAUAAUAGGUGGUUCUAUGUUGGCGUCGUCUGCCUGCACAUUCCUGUUGCUGCUAAGUUUCAGUCAAGGGGCUGUUAUAUGUUGGCAGUGUCUCUUCUAUGGGGCCAGUGUGGCGGCCUGGAACGGACUAGAGGUCAUUUCUGUGGAACUCUACCCCUCCUCUAAAAGAGGGACAGCGUUCGGUAUCCUGAAUGGGAUCUGCAAAUUUGCGGCCAUUAUCGCCAGCUUCAUCUUUGCAGCCUUCAUCGGCAUCACCAAGAUCAUUCCCAUCUUCCUGGCCUUCUCCGCCCUCGUCUGCGGAGGUCUGGUAGCUCUAAAGCUGCCUGAAACCCGGGAGAAAAUCCUGUCUUGAAAAGCCAAACUCCUGCAGCCUCCAGGCCCCAACCACAGUACAGCUACUGGGAAAGCUUUUUUGGGAAAAGUGUCAGCUUAAACUGAAUGGAGAGACAAGGAAGAAAGGCCACGCUGUGCGAGCUGUGUUUAUGAGUCUGCAAUGGUGAUACGAUUAAAAAUCUUGAAAACCUGUCUGGUUGCCUACGUGAACCUGUGGUUGCUUUCUAUUCCCUCUGUAAGCUCCUCAGGCUGCCCAGCAUUUCUGUCACAUCGUAUAGAACCAGUGUUUGUCAUUUCGUUUUUAUCAUUUACUGCCCAUCCUCUACUCACACACACACACCCACACACUCCUGUUGUAGUAACAUUUAUUUUAUGUGAGGUUUGUGUAAAAGAAAGAUUAAUAUGAGAUGAAAUGUGUCUGUACUUGAAAGGUGAUGUAGUUCAUGUUACCAUGUUGUGCUUUGAGUUCAUUCCCUGUUGGAAAAAAAGGAAAGAGAGAGGACUUAACGUCAUAACUUGGAUUAGAUUUGAAUCCUGUUGUAUUCACUGCCAAGGCUCAGCAGCAAUAUUACUGCUGGUGUUGUUAUUCAGACAAAACACUCCUUUCGUUCACCCAGUCUUUAUUUAUUCUCCACUGUCCUGUGGUGUGUGUAGUCUCUUUAGUUCACAUGUUGUUGAUUGGUUUUCUCUAGACAUAAACCUGGAUUGACCAUUUUAUUAAAUGUAGAGCUUUGUUUUUUUUUUUUUGUUUUUUUUUUUUUUAUUCAAUCCACUGUUGUUCAUUUCUCCCAGCUGAUCCAAAUCUAACCUGAGCAGCCGACUGGAUUUUUCUCCUGUUUAUUGUCUUGUCCUCGACUAUAGAGCUGUGUUCUGUAGGUGGUGAUGACGUAGAACCAGAGUCUUACCUUUCACAUCUUGCCAUGACAAAGUGUAAGGAAUUGUUCUGUUUGUCCAUUAAUUUAUUUAUUUUUUUCUAAAAGGAGAGAAUGACUCUAAACUGUGAGAUUAGAUGUUUUGAUAUGAUGCUCUUAUUUUAACGUUCUGAUGACGAACAGUUUACAGAACCUGCUGCAUUUCUGACAACAUGUGUCAAGAUUUCUAAGGAGCAUGUUACUUUUUUGGCAUGACUGAGCUGUGUGUGUGCGUGUGUGUGUGGUUGUUAUCCACAUGUCUGUGAAUUUACUGAAACACAACAGUCUGACUACCAUUACUAUAUUUGUUGUUGUACAUACUGUAGACCUGUGUAUAUUAGUUGUAAAAUAGCUCCGUCAUGACUUGAAUAAAGCUGAGGGCUUCUGA